UCGCGACAAGCAGACCUGGCUGUAGUGAACGAUCGGCAUCCACAUAAAGAUCAUCUGAUGCAUGUUUGGCCAGAUCCUCAGAAGAGUGGGCACUCAGAGCUGUUAGAAAGCAAUCGGGGGGUCGCAAAUUGCCGCAAAGUUGACGAGAGAAUAUUGACGACCCCCAUCUCGAAGAAUCACCGGACAGUGUGUCUGGCGAUGCCAUGGUUCCAGCUAUUGGAGCCUGCUGGUUCGCUUAAAGGCGUCGUUAGCAACACACUCCAACGGGACAUUUGGACGAAAGCGGAACUUGGGCGUCUGAUAAAAGUCGCGUCAAAAAGCAGACAGGAAGAGGCACCGAGGAAGGAUGGGCAAUUUGAAUUUAUUGUCCCGUAG